ACCCGCUGUUUAAUCCACUCUCGCAGACUACAAAUGUGGGAGGGCACGGUUUGUUUGUCGCAUAGUGAUGACGUACAUUUGGCGCGCCUCGCCUCCUCCGAGCUGUUGUUGUUAACGGUCGUCUGAACGCUCGUCGCAGCAGAAUUAACGGUGUCCUCCGUCAGUGAUGUCUCAACCCCCGCAGCAGACGGUGCCUUCCGCCCCGGACUCCCCCGCCCUGGUGGUCACCAGCAACGUGCAGAAAUACGCGAUAAAGAAGAAGAAAGUGCUGAGUGCGGAAGAGAGCGAGCUGUUCGAGCUGACCCAGGCUGCAGGCAUCACCGUGGACCAGGAGGUCUUCAAGAUCAUAGUGGACCUGUUGAAGAUGAACGUGGCUCCUCAAGCUGUGUUCCAGACUCUGAAGGCGAUGUGUGCAGGUCAGAGGGUAGCUGAGAGCUGCGGCGGCGUCGAGCCUUCAACCGUCUCCCACACGACCAGCAUCACCACAGCGCCGACAGAGGCCAGAGAAGAGGACUCUUUGGUCUCUGGAAAGAGCCCUAAGCCUCCUGCAGCUCCCCCCUCAGCGUCUGGCCCCAGAGCCACCAGGGUCAGCACUAAGAUUGUGGUCUACGGCCCCCAAGACGCUAGCUCUCCUCACUCUCAAGUGCGCAGUAAAGCCGGAGCGAGCCACAGCGAGAAGAGCCGCGAGGCGUCCAGCCAGCGGGUGCAGCGGCAGCCCAGCGCCACCAGAGGGCAGAAGACUAAGAGCUCCGGCAGCAGCAGCUCCUCCUCACAGAUCAACUCCACAUGAGACUCAGGUCAACACCAGACCGUCUGUAAAUAUCUUGUUUUCUUUACACUUAAUUUAUCUGUUUGUUUGAAAGGGUUGGUUCACCUUAAUCACACCCCAAAACAUGUUUACUCAUUGCUGGAAUUUUGGUUUUAUUUGCCCAGGUUUUGAGACAACUAAUGCUUCUAUCUCGAUACAAUGGAGGGGAAGAGAAAGCACUGAAAAACAACCUGUUGAAAAUUAAAAUAAAAACAUGUAGAAGUAACUCUAGAUCAAAAGUUUUCACCUGUAACAACCCAGUUUACUCAAAAAAUAUUUUGAUAUAUCUGAUUUAUGAACAGGAGGUGAAAAAAUGCUAGCAAUAGUAUACUCUGUCAUUAAACUUGAGUACUUGUUCCUUGUUGUACAGCUUGAGCCCUUUUUUUAAAAAAAAAAAUUAGCUUAGUUUAAAGUGAGCCGAAUUCACUAUUAGCAGUUCCUGCUCACACUGUACAGCCAAGUAUUACUGAAUCACUUUGAAUCUGAGGAAAACAUAAAAACAUGAUGAUUCUGGGGUUACGAGAUGCUCCUAUUUUUCAAUGACUUAAGACAGAUUAUUGGACAUUCGUCUGACAAGUCAAAUUAUUCAGUGUGAGGUCUGUGAUGAGACACAUAUGUCAAAACCUUAGCAAAUAAAAUCUAAAAGCUAUUUGCAAGAUUGAAGAGAUAAAACUGCUGUUACCUGAGAAAAUGUGUGUUUUUGUGUGUGUCAUCAUAAUUUUGGUAAACCAACCUUUUUAAAAUUCUAACAUGACGUUAGAAAGUGUCUCCAGCUGUUUCUGUGAGUGAGUGAAGCCGUUUGUUUGGGUGCCAAGAAAAAAUAUAGAUUUUUUUUUUUUAAACUGGAAAAUGAAAAUGUCUGUAUUCAAUGUGCAACUUUUUAUAAAAUAAUCUUGAAUAAAUCCGAUAACAAUACA